CUCAUCCUUUUUCGUCCUUGGAUGUUUUACUGUUGGUUUUCCCCACAGCAAUCAUUCACCUAAAGGAUCAGCAUUAUUGCUUGUUGAUGCUCAUCAAUUAAGCACUUGGCUAUCGUCACACUUUCUCAUGACGGCAAAGCAAGAGACAACACUACCGUUGCGUUACUGAUUAACCUCCAAAAUGGCCACUACGGAUGAUGAAAAGCACCCCAAGUUCGAGGCUCCAGGGUCCCCAGAUGUGGCGUCCCAAGAGUUCAUCGAGAAUGCGGAUGGCCUUCAGCGACGACUUAACAAUCGUCAAAUCCAACUAAUAGCCAUCGGUGGUUCGAUUGGUACUGCUCUCUUCGUCAGCAUCGGAAGUGGACUUUCCACAGCCGGACCGGGCAGCCUUUUCUUGGCGUAUGCUCUGUAUUCCAUGGUUCUCGGAUUGGUAAACAACUCUCUCGCAGAGAUGACUGUCUAUAUGCCCGUGUCCGGAGGUUUCAUUCGUCUCGCAGGUCAUUGGGUCGAUGAUGCUUUGGGAUUCAUGGCCGGCUGGAACUUCUUCCUGUACGAGGCUCUACUAAUUCCCUUUGAAAUCACGGCACUCAACCUUGUCAUCUCCUUUUGGGACGAGAAUAUCACCAAUCCGGGCCCGACUGCCGGUAUUUGUGCCGCCGUUAUCGUUUGCUAUGCUCUGCUAAACGUCCUCGCUGUGAAAGCCUAUGGUGAAGCGGAAUUUUACCUCUCCGGUGGAAAGGUUAUUCUUAUCUUCAUACUCUUCUCCUUUACCUUCGUGACUAUGGUCGGUGGAAAUCCGAACCACGAUGCCUUUGGUUUUCGAUAUUGGAAUAAUCCCGGAGCCUUCGCCGAGUAUCAUUCGCAGGGCGCCCUUGGCCGCUUCGAAGGUUUUCUAACCGGCCUUUGGAGUGCAGCUUUCGCCGUCGUCGGACCCGAGUAUAUUUCCAUGGUAGCGGCCGAAGCUCAGCGCCCUCGAACCUACAUCAAGACCGCCUUUAAGACCAUUUACAUCCGCUUUGGCGUUUUCUUCAUCGGCAGCGCCUUGGCAGUCGGCAUCAUUCUUCCGUACAAUGACAAGACGCUGGCUGACCUGGUCAGCGGUGGAAAGGGCAGCGGCACUGCAGCGGCUUCCCCAUACGUUAUUGCCAUGCAAAACAUGGGUGUCUCCGUGCUGCCUCAUAUCGUCAAUGCCCUCAUGAUGACAUCCAUCUUCUCUGCUGGCAACACAUAUACCUACUGUGCGACCCGAUCACUGUAUGGUUUGGCUCUCGAGGGCCGUGCGCCUCGAUUCCUUCGCAAGUGCACGAGCAAGGGUGUACCCAUCAAUGCCUUUUUGGUCGUCAUGUGCUUCCCAUUCCUAUCCUUCCUUCAAGUUGGCAACGGCUCUGCUGUCGUGCUCGACUGGUUGGUCAGCUUGAUCACCGCUGGCGGAAUUAUCGACUACCUCGUCAUGUCGGUUACAUAUCUCUGGUUCUACAGAGCUUGCAAGGCCCAAGGUGUUGACCGAAAGUCACUCCCCUAUGUUGGCUGGGGACAGCCCUACUGCGCCAUUAUCGCCUUCGUUAUUCAGCUUCUGGUGGUUGGAGGAUACGGAUACGAGGCUUUCAUGCCUUGGGACGUCUCGGCCUUCUUCCGCAACUACACCAUGCAGCUUCUGGCACCUAUCCUCUUCAUCUUCUGGAAGGUGGUGAAGCGCACCCGAGUUGUCCGUCCCAGCGAGCUGGAUCUUGUCUGGCAAAAACCAACUAUUGACGCCUACGAAUCACACUUUGUCGAACCCCCGACUGGAUUCUGGACCGAGAUGCUGCAGUUGGUUGGAAUCAAGCGCAACAAGAACGCGGCUUUUGUUGUGGCGUAAGGAGGGAACUUAAGAGUACCCCCUGCGUUCUUCUUAAUGGCUAAGGCCAUAUUAUGAGCCCAUGUCUUUAUUACGUCCCCUUCUUUUCGUUUCUAUGUUAUUUUUUUUUUAUAUACCCAUCACGUUUUGUGGAAUUAGAGAUUCUACAUGGUAUAUACGGAGGCUAGACGUGUAAGAUGGAUGAGCUACAUAGACAUGAUAUAUACCCAGGACAUAUGAUGACAAAAAUAAAAAAUAUUAUAUCAAUCAUACUUUGACCAACACUUGCAGCAUACAGGAGCACACAAAAGAUGUCGCCCUCACCAAGACGAAGCGGCCCCACCAAAGUUCAUCACGACUCCAUAACCAUCGUCAACACACAAACCACCAAAACACCAAACAACAAGAGCAAAAAAAGAAAUCUCAAUGCGUAAUCUGGGA